AUGUGUAGGUGGUGGCCAGCUGAGAUAUGCAACCCUCGCCUGGUUCCCUCCAACAUCCAGAGCCUGAAGCAUGACAUUGGUGACUUUCCAGUCUUUUUCUUUGGCUCCCAUGACUAUUACUGGAUAAACCAGGGAAGAGUUUUCCCAUAUGUUGAGAGUGAUAAGAACUUUGCAGAGGGACAAGUUGGCAUCAAUAAGACGUUUAAAAAAGCACUUGAGGAGGCAGCAAAAAGGUUCCAGGAGCUAAAAGCACAGCGAGAAACUAAGGAGGCCCUCGAACAGGAGCGCAACUCUCGCAGACCCCCACCAUACAAACUUAUCAAGUCCAAUAAGCCAGUUGGGAAGGUGCAGGUGCACGUCGCUGACCUCUCAGAGAUCCCACGCUGCAGCUGCAGACCAACAGAUGAGCGUCCGUGCAGCCAGGACUCUCAGUGCCUGAACCGCAUGCUGCAGUAUGAAUGCCACCCGCAGGUCUGUCCGGCAGGUGACUGCUGCCACAACCAGUGCUUUUCCAAACGCCUCUACCCCGACACUGAGGUCAUUAAGACCACCGGCCGAGGAUGGGGCCUAAAGACCAAGCAGGACCUCAGAAAGGGUGAUUUUGUCAUGGAGUAUGUUGGCGAACUGAUCGACUCCGAAGAGUGCAAGCAGCGAAUAAGACAUGCCAAUGAGAACGAUGUGACCAACUUUUACAUGCUGACCCUCACAAAGGACCGUGUGAUUGAUGCUGGACCCAAAGGGAACUUGUCACGCUUUAUGAACCACAGCUGCAGUCCUAACUGUGAGACUCAGAAGUGGACAGUGAAUGGAGAUGUGCGGAUAGGGCUCUUUACCUUGUGUGAUAUCGCUGCAGACACAGAGCUGACCUUUAAUUACAACCUGGACUGUCUGGGUAAUGGGAGGACAUCAUGCCACUGUGGGUCCGAGAACUGCAGUGGUUUUCUUGGAGUCAAGCCCAAGAGUGCAGUGGUUACGGAGAGGGAAGAGAAGGUGCGCAAUGCUAAGCUCAAGCCCAAGAAGCGCAAGCUGAAGACAGAGAGCAAACAGACCCAUGAGUAUUACUGCUACUGCUGUGGAGAGGCAGGAGAGCUGGUCAUGUGUGACAAAAAGGAUUGUCCGAAGGCCUACCAUCUCCUCUGCCUCAACCUGACCAAACCUCCAUACGGGCGAUGGGAAUGCCCCUGGCAUCAGUGCAGCAUGUGCCAGCGUGCUGCCACCUCCUUCUGCCACUUUUGCCCCGCCUCCUUCUGCCGAGAGCAUGAGAGAGGACAGCUGGUAAUGUCUGCCCUCGACAACCGGCCCUGCUGCUCAAACCACGACCCCCAGAGACCCUUAGGGCUUCAGGCUAGCCCUAGCCAGGUCACUGUAAAGAAGGAAGUGCUCGAACCCAGAGAGGAGGGCGACGACAACGAGGAAGAAGAGGAUGACGACGAGGGGGAAGAGGGAGAGUGAUUGGGCCAAAGCACAGAGGAAGCACUGAAAACCACAUCAAAGUGCAUGAAAUUUCAAACUACAAUGAACCAAUGAGUAGAUACAUGCAGCUAGCUGGUCCACUUUUCAAUUAAACCAAGUGGACUUGAUUAACUGGUUUGAUUCAUUCCAAAUCUACAGCAGCUGGUAUGAAUUUUUCGAACAUAUCGCAAUUUACGGCCUCAUGUCAAAUUCAUACGGGCUUAUAUAGCAAUAUAAGCUACUCAUUUUUGGUUUUAUAAGCAAAAUUUCACACCUAAUUCUCACUGUUUUUCAGACGUGCACCAUUUAGGCAAAAACCUCUCAGUUAAAACGACGUCUUUCAGCGGCAAAGUCGGUUUCCACAUCUAUG